CCCAGGCCAUGGAAAGGAAUGACAUCAUUGACUUCAAGGCUCUGGAGAAAGAGCUGCAGGCUGCACUCACUGCUGAUGAGAAGUACAAACGGGAGAAUGCUGCCAAAUUACGGGCAGUGGAACAGAGGGUGGCUUCCUAUGAGGAGUUCAGGGGUAUUGUCCUUGCAUCACAUCUGAAGCCACUGGAGCAGAAAGACAAGAUGGGAGGAAAGAGAACUGUGUCCUGGAACUGUUGUACCACUCAGGGAAGGACUUUCCAGGAUGUGGCCACUGAAAUCUCCCAGGAGAAAGUACACUGCCAGCCUGAGACCUCAGCAGAGUUCUACCGAGAUUGGCGGCGUCACUUGCGGAGUGGGCCCGAGCGCUAUCAGGCCCUGCUGCAGCUCGGGGGUCCCAAGCUGGGCCACCUCUUCCAGACAGAUGUGGGGUUUGGACUUCUUGGGGAGCUGCUGGUGGCACUGGCUGAUCACGUGAGGCCGGUCCACCGGGCAGCGGUGCUGGGGAUCCUGCGCAGCCUGGCCAGCACCGGGCGCUUCACCCUGAACCUGAGCCUGCUGAGCCAAGCAGAGAGAGAGCGCUGCAGAGCCUUGUUUCAGAAGCUGCAGGCCAUGGGAGCCCCCAGACCCAUGAAGGAGGGGCUCAGCCAGGAGGAGCAGGGUCUAGAGGAGCAGUCUGGUGGGCCCCAGGAGGAGGAGAGGCUCUUGCAGGAGUUGCUAGGGUUGUACCAGCUCAAUUGAUAGAACCAGCUGCCCUCAGAUGCCCCAGUGGUCAUUGGAGGCAUUUUUUUGGUUGUGGCUGUGGGGUUUCUGCAGAACUAUAAGGAGAAACCUACACUUAAUUCCCUUCUCAACUUAGAAUUUUCAGAGCAAAAGCAGGAAUUGAGUUUUCCCCACUUC